CAUUGCUCACUACUUGUUCUCAAACAUUGCUAAUGCUUCCUAGUCACGCCAGGGCAAUGACUCUUACGGAGUAUGCUAUCCCCCUGUUGGCAUUUCAGUCAAGUCUUGUCAGCACUAACGUUUAUCAGUCCUCCAGUGUAGGGAAUGACUCGUACAGUGUAUGUCUACCCCCUCACCCCAAUUGAUACAUUUCACAAUAACUCACCAUCGCACGCUACAGUCCAAGGACGACAGUUACGGAGUAAGAUACAAAGCCCGGCCAAACACCGAUACCCCACUAACAGUCACAUAGUCCUCAAACCGCUCAGAAAACUCUGGCUACGGCGGUUCUGAUUCCUACAACUCCUCCAGCCGUUCUGGAGGAAACGACUCCUACGGUUCCCGCCGUGACAACGACAGCUAUGGUUCCUCCGGUAACAACAACAGCUCCUACGGUUCCACCAACGAUUCUUACAGUUCCACCAACCGCAAGGACAACGACUCCUACGGAUCCUCCGGAAACAGCUACGGAUCCAAGAAUGAUUCCUACGGAUCGGGCUCGAAGAACGAUAGCUACGGCUCCAGCCGUGACAAUGGCAAUGACUCCUACGGCUCAAAGGAUAACCAUGGCUCCUCUAGUGGUUCAUAUGGCUCUAAGAAUGACAACAGCUACGAGUCCUCUGGCGAUUCCUAUGGUUCCAAGAAGGACCACAGCACUUCCAGUAGUUCUUAUGGAUCUAGCCGUCGUGACAAUGAUAACGAUAAUUCUUAUGGUUCUAAGAAGGAUAGCUACGGCUCUUCUAAUGACACCUACGGCUCCAAGAACGAUUCUUAUGGCUCUAAGAACGACAGCAGCUACAGUUCCAAGAAUGACUCUUAUGGCUCUAAAAAUGAUAGUUACGGUUCUAGCAGUCGUGACAAUGAUAACAAUAACUCUUAUGGUUCUAAGAAGGAUAGCUACGGCUCUUCCAACGACACCUACGGCUCCAAGAACGAUUCUUAUGGCUCCAAGAACGACAGCAGCUACAGUUCCAAGAAUGACUCUUAUGGCUCUAAAAAUGAUAGCUACGGUUCUAGCCGUCGUGACAAUGAUAACAAUAACUCUUAUGGUUCUAAGAAGGAUAGCUAUGGCUCCUCCAACGACUCCUACGGCUCGAAGAAUGACAGCUACGGUUCCGAUCGUCGUGACAACGACAACAGCUACGGAUCCUCCGGGGAUUCCUACGGUUCCAAGAAUGAUAGCUAUGGUUCUAGCCGUCGUGACAACGAUAGCGGGCCCUCUGGUAACAACUAUGGCUCGAAGAAUGACAGCUAUGGAUCUUCUGAUUCCUACGGUUCCAACAACCGAGGUGAUUCGUACGGAUCCAGUGAGCGCUCUGGUGGAUACGGCAACUCCGGUUACUAGGUGUUGUGAGACUAGGGGCUUUUUGGUGUCAUUGUUGGCUGAUCGAUGUAUUUAAUUAUGUCUAUGACUUUAUAAACAUAACAGCUUGAGAUUCGAAUUCUGAGGUUUUGUUCGAUUAACCUGAAUUAUAGUAACUUGACUUAAG